UUUUUUCUCUUUUUCCUUAGGUGGAAUGAAUCUUACUUGCUGACUAUCUCCUGGUUACUGGUUGAAUUCACUUAUAAAAGAAUCAUCUUCCCCUGCGUGGAAGUCACUUAGUGGAAUAUUUAAUUACAAAUCCAGGGAUUGCAAAGCCUUUUGAUUUCCCAAAGGAAGGGGACAUACCACUAUAUCAAAUAAGCUUGACAUUACAGCCAAAAUGGUGCUGUCCCAAAGACAACGAGAUGAACUAAAUCGGGCUAUAGCAGAUUAUCUUCGUUCAAAUGGUUAUGAAGAAGCAUAUUCAGUUUUUAAAAAAGAAGCUGAAUUAGAUAUGAAUGAAGAAUUAGAUAAGAAAUAUGCUGGUCUUUUGGAAAAAAAAUGGACAUCUGUUAUUAGAUUACAAAAGAAGGUUAUGGAAUUAGAAUCAAAACUAAAUGAAGCAAAAGAAGAAUUUACGUCAGGUGGGCCUCUUGGUCAGAAACGAGACCCAAAAGAGUGGAUUCCCCGUCCACCAGAAAAAUAUGCAUUGAGUGGUCAUAGGAGUCCAGUCACUCGAGUCAUUUUCCACCCUGUGUUCAGUGUUAUGGUCUCUGCUUCAGAGGAUGCUACAAUUAAGGUGUGGGAUUAUGAGACUGGAGAUUUUGAACGAACUCUUAAGGGGCAUACAGACUCUGUACAGGACAUUUCAUUUGACCACAGUGGCAAGCUUCUGGCUUCCUGUUCUGCAGAUAUGACCAUUAAACUAUGGGAUUUUCAGGGCUUUGAAUGCAUCAGAACCAUGCACGGCCAUGACCACAAUGUUUCUUCAGUAGCCAUCAUGCCCAAUGGAGAUCAUAUAGUGUCUGCUUCAAGAGAUAAAACUAUAAAAAUGUGGGAAGUGCAAACUGGCUACUGUGUGAAGACAUUCACAGGACAUAGAGAGUGGGUACGUAUGGUGCGGCCAAAUCAGGAUGGCACUCUGAUAGCCAGCUGUUCCAAUGACCAGACUGUGCGAGUAUGGGUCGUAGCAACAAAGGAAUGCAAGGCUGAGCUUCGAGAACAUGAGCAUGUGGUAGAAUGCAUUUCCUGGGCUCCAGAAAGCUCAUAUUCUUCCAUCUCUGAAGCAACAGGAUCUGAGACUAAAAAAAGUGGCAAGCCUGGGCCAUUCUUGCUAUCUGGAUCCAGAGACAAGACUAUUAAGAUGUGGGAUGUCAGUACUGGCAUGUGCCUUAUGACCCUUGUGGGUCAUGAUAACUGGGUACGUGGAGUUCUGUUCCAUUCUGGGGGCAAGUUUAUUUUGAGUUGUGCUGAUGACAAAACCCUACGUGUAUGGGAUUAUAAGAACAAACGAUGCAUGAAGACCCUCAAUGCGCAUGAACACUUUGUUACCUCCUUGGAUUUCCAUAAGACGGCACCAUAUGUGGUUACUGGCAGUGUAGAUCAAACAGUGAAGGUGUGGGAGUGCCGUUGAUUGAGUCUCUUUUGGCCCCUCCUCCUGAUUUUCCUCUGGAUGCACUCUGAUGAUACCAUGGUUACCCUAUUGAGCUCUGUUUAAAUAAAUAUUGUCCUUUCAUGUAAAUUAUUCUGGAUGUAGAUUGAGCUUAUUAAAUGUUACACACAAAGUAUUCAUGCAUGGUGAAUCCAAAUUGUAUACUGUAAAUUUACAUACGUUGUCUAGAAGUACCAUAGGGUUUAAAAACCUGGGCUGGCAUUGGUCACACCAGGCCUAAGAAGGCAGAAAUUGAAUAAUUGAACUAGGGCACUAAGCUGAAUAAAUUGACAGUGUCAUUUUAUGUUGGA